GGGUCGUGUCUGGAAAGACACCCAAACGACAAUUUUGACCUCGCCUGUCCCCCGACCUUGCGCCGCCCAAGAUGGCUUCGAUCAUGCAGCGCCGCAUGGUAAGCUUGAAAUCGCACCGGAGAUGGCCUACAACAACUGACAGCGCCGCGCUCCAGCUGUCCAAGGAGGACGAAGCGGCCACCGAGGAGGUCGAGGUCCGUCGCGAGGAUCAGGACAAGAUCAACAGGUUUAGCCGACUGCACCAACGCGAGCUGGCCCUGUCCGAGGAGCUGAGUAUCAAGAACAAGGAAAAGGAGGAGCUUGACGACCUGUCCACGGAAUUGGAGCUCGCAGACGAAGACGAAAAGAUACAGUACAAGAUUGGCGACGCCUUCUUCCACGUGCCCCUGGAGCAGGCGCAGGAGAUGCUCGAGACGGCAACCACAAGACUUGACGACGACAUCUCGGCCCUCGAAGAGAAGAUGAGCACGGUCCGCGAGCAGAUGACGCAGCUCAAGGUCGACCUGUACGCGCGCUUCGGGAAGCAGAUCAAUUUGGAGACUUGAGACGGCUGCGUGGAAGACUUAUUAUCCGUGGCGCGGUCUGCCGGCGCCGGGACGUCUUCCGCUGGGCCGAGGUGCCGCUUCCGGUGUGCAGUAUCCGCCACCCGAUCCGCUGCCACGUCGAACGGCCAAGCCGCAAUCCUGGCGCACGGAAACGCUGUACAAAAGUUUUGGAGAGUACAUGCUACAUUCAAGCAGGUCAUGCUACGAGCUGCGAUAGGGAUCAAGCAAUUUGAUGCGCAGCUCGGCAUUGUGCUCUUCUGGACAACCUAGACAGGCUCUGGAAAUACUAGACGGACGUGCCCAGUCCACGGAGAUUCCGCGGACCCUUGUUUCUCAUAAGCCUGCUGGCGCGUUGUUGUGCCCUGGCUCUGUGAGGUUAUCUUCGAUGCGCCGGCGGUCAGGCGGUAGAAAAUGACCCCCCACUACCUAAGUGUACUUGGGUACGUCGGAACAGGCGUAGAACUGGCACGAAACGGCCUCUGCGCUUCAAAGGCCGCCGCC